AUGGUGCGGUACACUGUAGACUGUUGCUUGAAGGAGGAUGUGCUUGCGUUGAUUAUACCAAUGUUACAUGAAAUUGGAGAUGAGGGAAAUAUGGACCCGACCGCUACCUUCCAAGAAAUUCUAGUGCGCACUGUCACUAGAAGACUUCAAAAGUUGGAAGAAGAUGAACUGCUUGACCGGGAGCAUUGUGCAUAUGAUUUUCUUCUUAAUGGACAGGGUGCAGUAUCACUAGCGUCGACACCGACAAAAGCCCAAGAAAGCUUCAUAAGGAGCUUAGUUAAGGUGGUGAUGCAUGACUUUGCAACGGGCGGCAACAACCAGGUAAUAGACUACCAGGGAAACCUGCUGAUUUCCUUCUGUAUCGAGAAACUUUAUAUUGAGAAGGCCACGGGGGCACCUUCGUUUGGCGUGGAAGCGGACGACCUUGUUUGGAUGGUUGCGGACGCACUUGGGAAGGGCCAAAAGCUGCAGACUAUGAUUGAUCACGCCAGGGGAAAGGAGUUUGACAUUAAUUUCUAUGCUACGCCCGAGCGCUUCAGUAUAUCAUUCGCUUCUGCGAUUAGCGACGAGUUCGACAAGAUAGACCUUAAAGACGAUGAAAGUGGACAUGAAAGAACGUUGACUCCGCUAGAUCCGAGCAUAUCGUGGCUGCCGUUUUCCCCCGAGACAUUUCAGCUAGUCAGAGUCCACUUUUUGCCCUCUCGAGAGUACGAGGGGGCUUGGGAAGCGCUUUACUUUGACGAUGACAUCAAAGGCCAGCUGUUCAACUAUGCAACUAUCGCUCUUAAGAUGUCGCACUUCAUACCUGAGGAAACAUUGAGCGUGAACACGGGAGGCAACAGACUACUGCUAGUCCAUGGCCCUCCUGGCACUGGAAAAACGACCAUAUGCAAAGCACUUUGCCACAAACUUGCAAUAAGAUUGCAUAGCGGACUGCUACCCAAAAAUAAGAGUGUUCCUUCAGUUAUUCUGGUGGAACUGGCCUGUUCAAAGGUUUUCUCCCGGUGGUUUGGCGAAUCUUCCAAGAACAUUGACACUAUAUUUAAAGACCUCGAGAAACUGAUCAAAGACGGUAUCAAUGAUAAUCAGUUUGUUUGCUUACUCAUUGAUGAGGUGGAAACGAUUGCGUUCUCUAGAUCAAGCCUUAUUAACAAGAAUGAAACUACCGACGCGAUUCGCGUUGUAAAUACGUUGCUGACACAGUUGGAUAACAUGAAAAAAUACAAGAACUUCCUUACCCUUGCAACGUCAAAUCUACUGGAUUCCAUGGAUCCUGCCUUCAUAGAUCGUGCAGAUGGGAUAUUCAACGUUCCUACGCCGUCCACACAGGGUUGCCAGAAUAUCCUGGAAUUGAAUAUCUCAAAACUGUUAACAGCCGGAGUCAUACACGCCAGCAAGGAGCACAUGCUCUACAGCCCCGUAGUUCAGGCUGCGCUCCAACCAAUUGUCUCAAGAUGUGCAGACUUACGUCUCAGCGGCAGAACCAUGGGCAAACUCCCCCUGAAGGCACUAUCUGAGAACUUCACGAACCUGCCAGUCGACCUGAAAGACUUUAUCGUCGCGCUGGCUUCUGUUAUAUAA